AUCUCUUAUCAAACUUCUGAGUCAUCGGAGUCACUUUCGAUACCAGUUGCCAUCGCGCAUUGCAACUUAUGAAAUGGUGCAGGGCGUCAAAAGUUCAAAACCGCACUGCCCCGCGCCUGGCGGCCAUGCACUCGGCCAAAUGCUGCCGCCGCUUCCCCACCGCACCGGCCUGGUGCCACCCGCCGUCUGCGGCGCGGGCUGCGGAGCAGCACUGCCUCCACCUUCUAGAGCGCUCCUCCGCGCCGGCCGCCGUCCUGCAAUCCCUCGCCUUCCUCCUCAAGUCCGGCCUCCACGCCAACCCGCUCGUCCUCACCAGGCUCUUCGCGUCCUCUGCCGCCGCGGCGCCGGCGCUGCUCGAGCCCCUCGUCGCCGCGCUACUCAGGCCCUCCGUCCCCAUCGACGCGUUCCUCGUCAACACUCUCAUCCGCGCGCACGCCGCCUCCCCGCUCCCUUCCGCCCGCCUCCGCGCCGCCGCCUUCUUCCCGCUCAUGCUCCGGAGCGCCGUGUUGCCGAACAAAUUCACCUUCCCCUUCCUCCUCAAGGCGUGCGCCGCGCUCCCGGGAUUCCCGGGCGUUGGGCUCCAGGCGCACGCCGCCGCUCUCAAGUUCGGGUUCGCCACCGAUCAGUAUGUUUCCAAUACUCUCAUACACAUGUACUCCUGCUUCGGCGGUGAGUUCCUGGGGGACGCGCGGAAUGUGUUCGACAGAAUGGACAAAUCGAGCGUAGUUACUUGGAGCGCGAUGAUCGGCGGGUAUGUGCGUGGGGGGCUGUCGAGCGAUGCAGUUGGGCUGUUCAGGGAAAUGCAGGCCAGUGGGGUGCGGCCAGAUGAGGUCACAGUGAUUGGUGUUCUGGCAGCAGCUGCAGAUUUGGGAGCACUCGAGCUUGCUCGGUGGGUUGGGAGGUUUGUAGAGAGAGAGGGGAUUGGGAAAUCUGUGACGCUGUGCAAUGCGCUCAUUGACGCGCUCGCCAAGUGCGGUGAUGUGGAUGGGGCUGUGGCAGUGUUCCAGGGGAUGGAGGAGCGGACUGUUGUGUCUUGGACCUCAGUGAUUGAUGCACUUGCAAUGGAGGGUCGUGGGAAGGAGGCUGUGGCAGUGUUCGAGGCAAUGAAGACUGCUGGUGUGCGGCCUGAUGAUGUUGUGUUCAUUGGGGUGCUCACUGCGUGUAGCCAUGCUGGAAUGGUUGAUGAAGGUUAUGGCUACUUUGAUUCAAUGAAGAUGGAAUAUGGCAUUGAUCCUAAGAUCGAGCAUUAUGGCUGCAUGGUUGACAUGUUUGGUCGUGCGGGCAUGGUCGAGCGGGCAAUGGAGUUUAUUCAUACGAUGCCCAUGAAACCAAACCCAAUAAUAUGGCGGACACUUGUUGCUGCAUGCCGUGCCCAUGGCAGGCUUGAGCUUGGGGAAAGCAUCACAAGGAACCUUUUAAACGAGUACCCGGCUCAUGAGGCCAAUUAUGUUAUGCUCUCCAAUGUCUACGCGCUGACACAGAGGUGGAAGGAGAAAUCAGAGAUUAGGAGGGAGAUGAGCAAGAGAGGAAUCAAGAAGGUGCCAGGUUGCAGCCUUGUUGAGCUUGAUGGGGAGGUUCAUGAAUUCAUAGCUGGAGAUGAGUCGCACCCGCAAUGGAAAGAGAUAUACAUGAUGGUAGAGGAGAUGGCAAGAGAGCUAAAGCAUGUUGGCCACAUCUCAGCUACAUCAGAGGUUCUCCUUGACCUUGAUGAGGAGGAUAAGGAGGGUGCACUUCAGUGGCACAGCGAGAAGCUGGCGAUUGCAUUUGUGCUACUGAGGACUCCUCCUGGUACACAGGUCCGUGUGGUUAAGAAUCUCCGGGUAUGCUCGGAUUGUCAUGCAGCAAUAAAGUGCAUUUCACUGGUUUAUAACCGGGAGAUCAUAGUGCGUGAUCGCAGCCGGUUCCAUCGCUUCAAGAAUGGCUCCUGCUCGUGCAACGAUUUCUGGUGAUGCAAUUGUUUUUCACCAGGUUAUCCUAUUUCUGACUGUCCAUUUACGAGGGCAUCUCAGAAGAUGAUGGUAAUGAUAAUUUAUUUCAAGGGAGCUUCUGCAAAUCAUUCAAGGAAUGAUGUCAGACUGUCAGCUACAUCACUGGAAGGAUAUUUCCUACAGAAUAUAUUUCUGUUGAUGCAUCCACACUUCAGCAUGGUGCCAACAUGUGCUUGGGAAAAAAGGGCUUGGUGAAGGCGCCGGCCAUUGGUUAGAAAUGAAAUGGUAGGAGAAUUACACUUCUGUCAGAAAUAUUUUGGAAAAUAGGGGAGCCACAGCGUUGUGGAUUGAACUUAAUGGUACAUAUCAGCUCACUUCACUGGAAGAUAGACAGACAGACUUUGGUGUGGCAACAAGUUCCUGCCUACUUACUGCACAUUGAUUUGGCUUAAUAUGGGAAAAGAUCAAAGUCACUUAGGCAGACGAAAUGAAAUUAAACCUGUUGAAACGUAUCAAGUCCCUAGCUAAGCUCUGGAUGGUAUGAACAAAGCUGCAAAGCUCAUCUGAUCCAAGAUUUGGCUUUGACAGUGCUACCGUUGCCUUGUUGCCUCACUACCGGCCCUGAGGACGUAUUUGCAAGAUGUGUGUGUCCGCACAUAUUUGCAGGUCAGUACAUAUUUAUCUUCAAUUUGCACUGGUCCAUUUAUGGUGAUGGUGCCAUGGGUUAUCCUGUAUCGGAAACUUGUUCCAAGAAUACUUCCACGGUAACUCAGGUGCUGAUUCAGUGGAUGGCGACAUGGGAGGGCAUGAGAUUGAUCCGAGAAGAUGCUUUCUACAAGCAGAAGAUAGAGUUUUUGGACAAGCUGGGCACCAGGCGGAAGGAAUGUCCGGACCAUUGUGUUUUACAAAGAGAAGGCUAGAGAAGGAUCGGACAAGACAAUCACGUUGCAAUUUGUUAUCAUGUCUGGUGCUAACGAUUUUUUUUUCAGUGUAUCAGCGGUGAUAAGCUCUGGUUUGCAUAGUUGGUGUCACCCUUGGGUAGGUACUAUGAUAAAAAAAGCUGCCAUUCAUUGUUAUAGAGUAACUUUGCAUCCGCAAAACUUUGUUGCAAGAGGGGAAAUAAACAAAAAGACAGCAA